GAACGAAGCAAACGAUCUGAGAGGCUGAUGAAAUGAGAGACAAGUUUCGGCCGCUGAUCCGAUGACAUCACUCGGCCGAUGCCAGGGGCUCCGGGGUACCUUGUCCGAGGCCCCUCUCGGUGUGUCAGGUUUCCUGGUGGUGGACGAGAGUUCACAGCCUGUAAGAUGCGACGGUUGUGGCGCCGGGAUCAUUCUUUGGAGGCGCAGACGGGCAGAAUGCCAGAAUCCAUGGGGGAGCAGUCGUCGGUUGUCCUCUCAGCCGCCGGCAACUGCGUCAUAGCUAAGGCAAACUGCGGGAGGGGCAUUCGGGGAGGGUUCAAACCCCCGAUCUUGAGUGUGUUUGAGGAGGGCGCAAGAGUCAAGAUCCGUACAGGCGAACUUUUUGAUAGUUUGGGGAGAAGAAAAGGCAAACCGUAUCUGGAGACUAUCGUACUCCAGAGAGCAGGGAGGUGACUAGUGCGAAGGAGAACAAGGUGGUCCUGAUAGAAGCGAAGCGAGAGAGAAGAAAAAGCCUUCCGAGAUCUCAGCCUGUCUCUCCGGGAUCCCUGCAUCGGAGACACACAAAGGAUAUGCUUCUUUCUCGGUUUCUCCCUCAACCAUUGGAUUUUCCAUUACGGUCAGCGCAUGCAAGUGCAGCAAGCAAACAGGUGAGCAAGCGGCUUUACUGUCUCGGUUACCUGGCCGGUGAGCCUUUCCUUGCUAGUUUUGCCUUGUGCUGCCUUCUUUGUCCCUGCCUUACGCAGUGUUCCCCAUCUCUUGUCCCAGUCGGACCCGUGGCGCUGGCCAAGCUAAUGUAGUGUGCAA